GCAGAGGAGCCGCCCGACAUCCCCGAGGAGCUGCAGUCGCCCGUGGAGCCCAGCUACAAAGGCGCGCACCUCGGCUCCCCGCUCACCCGCGACGACCUCGACCGCCUGCUCGACUCCUUCCGCCGCAAGAAGCCGGUGCGUCUGCACGCGCGCUACGUGGCGUCGGUGCUGCGCGACGCGGCGGCGCACCUGCGCACGCUGCCCAACCUCAACGAGGCGUCCACGGCGCACGCGCGUCACGUGACCGUCUGCGGGGACCUCCACGGCCACCUCGACGACCUGCUCGUCAUCUUCCACAAGAACGGGCUGCCGUCGGCCGAGAACCCGUACGUGUUCAACGGAGACUUCGUGGACCGCGGGCGCCACGGCAUGGAGGUGUUCCUGCUGCUGCUCGCGUGCCUGCUGGCGCUGCCUGGCGGCGUCUUCCUCAACCGCGGCAACCACGAGGACCUCGUCAUGAACAUGCGAUACGGCUUUGUGCGCGAGGUCAGGCUGAAGUACAAGGUGUUCGACGUGCUGUGGAGCGACCCGCAGCCGGGCGCGGGGUGCGUGCCCAACAAGCUGCGCGGCGCGGGCGUGUGCUUCGGGCCCGACGUGUCGGAGGCGUUCCUGCGCCGCCACGGGCUGCAGCUGCUGCUGCGCUCGCACGAGUGCAAGCCCCUCGGCUUCGAGCUGGCGCACGGCGGGAAGGUGAUGACGGUGUUCUCCGCGUCCGACUACUACGAGCUGGGCUCGAACAAGGGCGCGUACGCGACGCUGGCGCCGGGCGAGGCGGCGCCGCACUUCGUGCAGUUCCAGGCGGGCGCCGCGCGCGCGCGCCACCUCACCUUCCGGCAGCGCGUGGACCUGGUGGAGGCGGCGGCGCUGCGCGAGCUGCGCGCGCAGGUGGCGGCGCGGCGCGCGGCGCUCGAGGACGCCUUCCGCAAGCGCGACCCCGACGGCGCA